AGCGAUCGAUGAAGGCCACGGUCCAGUAUCCGUACCUUGCUCAAUGUGACGGGCGAACGACGUUGUUCCAAGUGGGCUGACAAGCGACAGCAGAUAGGUGGGCGGCGUCUGGCGGCUAUGAGCAGAUUACCUAUCCCGAAGUCCGAAAGACGAGAGUUCUGUGAAUCACGCUUGGUUGGCUAUUACGGAUUUGACCGUCGUGUAUGUAUGUAUGCCUUGCCCCUGAACGCCGCCGCAGUCCGUCGUCUGGAUCCGUUGGAGGCCGUCGAACAACCCACACCGAAAACCUCUUGGGAUGGUGUGUGUUGGCUUGGGAUGAGGUUGCCACUUGUGGAAUGCGGUCCAACUUCCAGGGUGCCCAUGAUCAAUGUUUGUUAUGUGCUGGUUGCGCGUACCACCCUCAGGACAGCCCACACCAACCCUGCCAGCUGACCCCUGUCUUGUUCCUCGCCGAUUUUACUUUCUGGGUUAGGAAGUUACAUUUGCAGCAGAUUUUCAUCUGGCCCCACGCCGUGACCAGUCACGCUGGUGGUGACUCCAGGGAAAAGCCCAGCUGUCGGAGGACAGCUCAUCGCAGCAGAGCAAGGCUCGGAGCCGGGCAUGACUUGCCCCCGAAACUGAAGAUCCGUGAUGGUGUCGAUUUGUAUUGUCGCCCAAGUGGAUUUUCAGGCAAUUUCUAGAACGGCCGGGUGAUAUUGUAGGUUCACUGGAUCUCUGGCACGAGGCAAGGGCUUCGCUAGCGGUCGUUAGCGAACAGUAUUUGUGCAGCAGAGGAACAUAGUCGGAUGAUGAGACGCUGGGUGGACGCAAGAGACUGCUGUUCAUCAGACAGCGUAUAGCCCUGCUUGGC